AUGUUAGGCCACAAGUUGAUCACCAAGCAAACUGGUGAAGCUGGUAAGGAAGUUACUGCUGUGUACAUUGUUGAAAGAAGAGACGCCAGGACAGAAGCUUACUUGGCUAUUUUGAUGGACAGAAGUACCCAAACCCCAUUGAUUGUUGCUUCUUCCCAAGGUGGUAUGGACAUUGAAGGUGUCGCUGCCAAGGAUCCAAGUGCCAUCAAGAGUUUCCCAGUUCCAUUGGAGGAAGGUGUUUCUGACAAAUUGGCUACUGAAAUUGCAUCAGUCUUAGGCUACACCCAAGAAGCCAUUCCAGAAGCUGCUAAGACUAUCCAAAACUUGUACAAGGUUUUCAUGGAAAGAGACUGUACUCAAGUUGAAAUCAACCCAUUAUCCGAAACCCCAGACCACAAAGUUUUGGCCAUGGACGCUAAGUUGAACUUCGAUGACAAUGCUGCUUUCCGUCAAAAAGAAGUUUUCUCAUGGAGAGAUACCACCCAAGAAGACCCAGAAGAAGUCAUGGCUGCUGAAUACGGUUUGAAUUUCAUCAAGUUAGAUGGUAACAUUGCCAACAUCGUUAACGGUGCUGGUUUAGCUAUGGCCACUAUGGAUAUCAUCAAGUUAUACGGUGGUGCUCCUGCUAACUUCUUAGAUUGCGGUGGUACUGCUACUCCAGAAACUAUCGAAAAGGCAUUCGAAUUAAUCUUAUCCGACAAAAAGGUUAAUGGUAUUUUCGUCAACAUCUUCGGUGGUAUUGUCAGAUGUGACUACGUCGCUGAAGGUUUGAUUGCUGCUACUAAGAACUUCAACUUAGAUAUUCCAGUUGUCGUUAGAUUACAAGGUACUAACAUGGCUCAAGCUAAGGAAUUAAUUGAUAACUCUGGUUUGAAAUUAUACGCUUUCGAAGACUUAGACCCAGCUGCUGAAAAGAUUGUUUCUUUAGCUCCAAAGGCUUAA